GGACAGAAGCCAGGAAACCAAGAAAUGCUUUGACCUGGGCCUACAACUAAGGGCUGCAGAAAGAAGAGUGAACACUGAUUGCCUGGCACUAUGGAGAGCACAGGCUGGUAGAGUACACACACAACAAAUAGGCCAAUAAAUAAUAAAUAACACGUUUGGUGUAAACGUCCGCCCUACUCCAGGAAGGCCUGCUGGACUGCCCAACCCUCUAGUCUGCUGGGGGAUCUGGGCUGUGCCUGGGCCCCUCAUGUGCUGUCCCACCGGAAGUUCUCUGCUCCUCGCCAUGGACACCUGGGCUUUCUGCCCCACAAGAGGAGCCAGCGGCACCGGGGCAAGGUGAAGACAUGGCCUCGGGAUGACCCCAGCCGGCCUGUGCAUCUCACAGCCUUCUUGGGCUAUAAGGCUGGCAUGACCCAUACCCUCCGAGAGGUGCAUCGCCCAGGGCUCAAAAUUUCCAAGCGAGAGGAGGUGGAAGCGGUGACAAUUGUGGAGACACCACCCUUGGUGGUGGUGGGUGUGGUAGGCUAUGUGGCCACCCCUCGAGGCCUGCGGAGCUUCAAGACCAUCUUUGCUGAACAUCUCAGUGAUGAGUGCCGCCGCCGCUUCUACAAAGACUGGCACAAGAGCAAGAAGAAAGCCUUCACCAAAGCCUGCAAGAAGUGGCGAGACACCGACGGCAAGAAGCAGCUCCAGAAAGACUUUGCAGCCAUGAAGAAGUACUGCAAGGUCAUUCGGGUCAUUGUCCAUACCCAGAUGAAGCUGCUGCCCUUCCGGCAGAAGAAGGCCCACAUCAUGGAAAUCCAGCUGAAUGGAGGCACUGUGGCUGAGAAGGUGGCCUGGGCCCAGGCAUGGCUGGAGAAGCAGGUGCCUGUACAUAGUGUAUUCAGCCAGAGUGAGGUGAUUGAUGUCAUUGCUGUCACCAAGGGCCGGGGUGUCAAAGGGGUCACUAGCCGAUGGCAUACCAAGAAGCUGCCGAGGAAGACCCACAAGGGCCUUCGAAAAGUGGCCUGUAUUGGCGCCUGGCACCCUGCCCGAGUGGGCUGCUCCAUUGCCCGAGCUGGGCAGAAGGGUUACCACCACCGUACAGAGCUCAAUAAGAAGAUCUACCGCAUUGGCCAGGGGAUACAUAUGGAAGAUGGGAAGAUGGUCAAAAACAAUGCGUCCACCAGCUAUGAUGUGACUGACAAGUCUAUUACACCACUGGGCGGCUUCCCCCACUAUGGGGAAGUGAACAAUGACUUCGUUAUGCUGAAAGGUUGCAUUGCGGGUACCAAGAAAAGAGUAAUCACGCUGAGGAAGUCCCUGCUAGUGCACCACAGCCGCCGGUCAAUGGAGAAUAUUGAGCUCAAAUUCAUUGACACUACUUCCAAGUUUGGCCAUGGACGCUUUCAGACAGCACAGGAGAAGAGGGCCUUCAUGGGCCCCCAAAAGAAGCAUGUGGAGAAGGAGAAGCCAGAGACCCCAGGAGAGUUAUAGGCUGCAUGGGAUGGAGCGUCCUUGGGUGCAUACCCGCUGCCUGCCCCUCCUGUCCAAUAAAGACCUGAGGCAACCCUUCA